UCAAAACUUCAAAAACUUGAACAAAAUAUUAAAACAGCAUUUUAUUUUUUUAUUUUAUCUCGAUAAUUUAGAAAUUAUACUUACAUAGCUUCUAUGUUAACCAUAGGCAUUAAAACUACACAAUAGCAUGUCUAAAAGAUAUUUUCCACACGAAUAUGGAGACAGGAAAAAGGCAAAACUUGAUGUCAGCAUAUCUGACCACAACUUCCCUUUGAGCCAAAACAAUUCAUACCAAGAAUCAAACAAGGCAGACACAUGGGGUGAUGAAAAUGAUGACGAAAUGCUUCUUCUGGCCAGCCAGGCGUGCGAAGAGGCGUGUAACAAUAACGAUAUCAGUCAAUUGGCUAAUUACACAAUAUGUAUGCAGCCAGCAUCCACAAGUACACAAAUUUGUCAACCGGGACCGAGCGCGAAAACAUCAUUCGUGUUCAAAAAACCGUCAAGCAACCCCUCCAGUACUCUGUCAACGCAUUUGAAAGACAAAUGCGAUAGGAUAUCAUCGCCAUUGCCAGGAUUUUCCUCUAAACUCGUUGGGAAGGAUACCAGAUCUGUUAAUCAGACUGACGACUUUAUAUUCAACGAUAAAAUAUACAAAGGACAGGACUCCAAUGUUGUUUAUCAGCAGUUACUUCAAAUGCAAGAAGAGAAUGCAAAACUUAAGUCAGAAAAUGGGAAAUUGCUGGAGAAAUGUUUGACCAAAGAAGGGGAGGCUUCCAUUUUAAGGACACAGUUGAAGAAUUGUCAAAUGUCUGUAGACAAUGCCAGGUUGGAGAAGAUUAAAGCUCAGGAAAAGGUCCAGAUGGAGUAUAAUGAAAAGCUCAAUUUGGCAAACAAUCAAAUGCAUGACUUGAGGACACAGUUAGACUUUAAGAAUCUAGAAAUAAUCAGUAUAAAAGAGAAAUGCAAGAAGUUGGAGUCGACAAAACUAAAGCUAACACAAGUUACUGUUAGUGGUAAUGAUAUAUCGGCAAGUAAUAAGCACAUUAAUAACUACAAUUCAAACGAUUAUACUCAGGUGAAGAGAGUAAAAACUACUUGCAGUUCAGUACAAACUGAAGACAAAGUAAAGUUUCUUAAACUGAACAAAGCCUCUAGGAAAGAUAUCUCUAAAUUGGACACAGUACUACCUUACUUACUACAAUCGGCGCAAAGCCAGCAGUAUUCUCUACUAGAUUACAACGAGAAGCUGCAGAAAAGAACAGAUCUAUCACACAAUAAGUGUAGGAUUUACAGCACAUUCCUAAGAGCUCCGUCGACACCAUUGCCCAGGGAAGGCAGUUUUAAAAUCCAAACGAAUUGUGUUUACGAGGAUUUGUGCUGCAUUGCUGCAGGAGAUUCUGAUCAACUUAGGUAUUUUAAUGUGUUCACAACUAUAAAAUCUUCUUUAGAAGAAGUUGUCACUCGACUGGAAACAAUAUGCAGGAGAAUGACGUCAGCAUUCCAGAAAGAAAUGGACGAGAAAUACAUAGAGUCAAGUACCACUUACUUAGAUGUAAAGAGAAACGAAUUGUUAGAAGGAAGGGCGUUGUAUAAAGAAGAACAAGAGAUACUGGCGCGUCGUAUGACCGCUGUGUUAUCGUAUGUUCUAGAAAGCUCUAGAGGCGUGGAUUACUAUAAUAAUUUUGAGAAACAGACUGCAAAGGAACAGAGAGCUAGCAUUACCGAUAUUAUAUCUAGGAUAUGUGAGCUACUUGAUAGCACUUCAUGUGCAACCAUGUACAGUGGUUUAUUAUUGUCAAUUUGUAUUUUAAUACAAAUUAUAUUAUCGCAAACAAAGAAUCACACCCUGUUGGAUCCAAUAAAGUCUGUGAUAACCGCACGAGCUAUGCCUUUUGUAUAUUGCAAUAUCCUUGGAACAGUAAAGACAAUAUCGCUGUGGGAGAACUUCAAAAAAACAUUCUGUCCUGGAUCCAAUACUGGGAAUCUUAAAAUAGACUAUGAUCAAGGUGUUUUAUUAUGUAAAAAAGAUUCAUGCUAUCUACAAACCCUUUGGAAGCAUGUGGAAGUUUGUUUGAAAUGUAUUGAGAAACAGAAUUUGCCAGAAAGUGCGGUCGCAUUCACGCGAGACCUAUUAGUUUUACACAGUAAUACUUGUGAAGGAGCCAGUUAUGGGCAGGAUAAAUACAGUUGCGAUUGCCAGCUAACAUUGAUUCAAGUUGUGGUUUAUGCUUUGAGAAUAUGUUCUGUAAUGCUUGACAGCCACAAAGUAUCUUUACAUGAUACGUCAGGAAGUUCCGAUAUUUUUCAAGAACUAUUGUCGGUUUGUAGGUGUGGCGUGCAAGCGCUGUACCAGUGCACCAUAAAGGACGUAGAGUUUACCACACAGCUAUCCUAUAACGAAGGUCAUCUUAUCGAGUUUUGUGAGAUCAUGAAGUGCUAUGAACACAGUGAAGUUUAUUCAAACAUGUUAUCUGAAUUGGCGGGGACCUUGCAGUGUUCGCCGGACGACACGCCCUCAGCAUUCCACAAGGAAGCGUGGCUCAAGAGCUUUACUACUUUCACAAUAACUGACUGAAAUUAGUACUUAUAUUGACCCUGAUGUACCUACCCUACCAAUUGAAACUAGAAAAAAUAGAAGACUUUAGCUAAUCAUAUAGCAACAGCAUUUCACAAGUGAUUAUGAACGAUCAGAAGUUAGCUACGUGCUCCAUGACAGAUGUCAAAUAUGGGUGACAGGAUUGAUGCGCGGGUAAUGUAGCUCACUUCGAGCCAUUCGUAAAUAUUGGUAUCUAGUGUAUUAGCUGUAAUGAAUGUGUAAUGAGUAUCUAAUCUGCCAAAACGAGGUAAUAACAAUUUAAUUUAAGUCAACCAGUUCAAUAGCAUGAAGUUGUAGAUAGUCUUCGACUGAAUGUACAUGAGACUUCUGCACUUUUAGUCACUUUUAUUAGCAAUGAACUAGAUAAGUAUAUUGUCUACCUGGAAUAUUUUAUAUAAUACAUAUGAAAUGUUAAUUUAAUUGCGCUAUAGAAGUGAUAUGAAGUUAGCUUUAAUUUUUAAGAACAGCCACCAUUAAUACCAUAAAUAGUUUAAUAUGUGGUUCAAUAAUGUGUAUGGACCGUUUGCAAUAAACGAUCCAAUGGCAUCCCAUCCCAAUGAUCCGUCACUAUAAUGGACCAAUCAGAACAAAGGUCUUUUUCCAUAUUUAGUAAUAAUCUUAUACUAAUUGGUUUAUUAUCAGAAUUUAAUCGCAUAUUAAUAUUAGGGUCAUUUAUUGAAAACGACCAUAUGUCCAGCAGUAAUGUUUUAUGAUCGAUUUCCAUAAACGAUCUUAAUCGCUGUCUUCCAAUCAAUCCCUGAAUUAGACCGAUUAGAAUUAAGUUUGACAUCCUUAAGGUUUACUUAUUUCGAUUGAUUUAUUAUCGCGAUUGAUCCAAAGAUAGCGGAUGCGAUCGUUAAUUGAAUUCGGCCGUAAACAAUGUUUAAAAAUAAUAUUUGUAAUGCAAAAGCUAUGUGAAAACAUUCUGUGAUUGUAGAUAUGUACAUAAAUAAUUAUACUAUUUAAAAUAAAAUUAAUAUUUAUU